AUUUGCUUGACUGAAGUCUGUUUCAGCGGUAAAUAUCAGAAAUAUUGUGUUUUUGUCGCCAAAAUGAUGUUAACUAACUAAAUUUGAAUCAUAAAGAAACAAUUGAUGAUUGGAAUAAUGGAGAAAAGCAGUUUGGAAUUUGAAAACAGGAAUUAGCUACAUAAUGAUGGUGUCUGUUGUGAAUGUUGAGACAGCCUUCACUAUUUUGAAUAAAAGACAACAGAGAGGAACUGACUGUGUGGUGAAUGUGAUAGGGAAGGUGAUCUGUGUGAGUGAAGUGGUCAGGAUUAAAGAAAACCAUUUAUUUAUGGUCAAGCUUGCACAUAAUGUUGAUCUUAUUAUUAAGAGAAAAGAAUGUCUUCAUUGGCAGAAGGAACUGUCUCCCUAUUCAGAAUAUAUCUUGACAAAUCUUAGACCUACAAUCAUUCAGAAGGGUAGUAGAUCACCUCACAGAGUGUUUACAGUGACUAGAAACAGCCAGCUAUAUCUGCCAGACAAUGUCAACAUGGUCCUGAUGACAGAAUCUGAUAUUGUAAAACAGUAUGGCAUACAACAUGAUGAUCAUCUAACACAUACAGACAUACACGACCCUGCUAUUGAUGGGAUAUUCUCAUAUCAGGGGAAGGUGACAGCGACCCUGGAUCCAGGUCUUGGUGUGUUUGAGCUAGAUAAGACCGUCAGAUUAUUUGUUGGACCAGUACCGGCAGUUCACAAAUACUCCAUGUUAAGGGAAGGGGCAACUGUUCUUGUACAAAAUGCACAUUACACCACCUCUAAACAGUAUCCAAGAGUUACUUUAUACUGUUGUAUGCUGACUAAAGUACAGUGUGUGGAGGAAAGCAAUGAAACUAAACAACAGACAAAUGGCGUGAAGUUAAACGAGGAAAUGAAGAAGUUGUUGUAUCUUCAUGGCCAGUCACAGAAACAGCUUGAUCAUAUGUUUACACUUAGAAAUGUUCUGAAAAAACAGUUCCUGAAUAUCUUAGGUGACAGACUGACAGAGAGUAUAUUUACCAAGGUAGUCACAAAUAUAUGGUUUAACGUGGGAGACCAGAUAAAUAAGCGUGCACAGAGAAUGCUGAUUGAUGAGUUCCUUAAUACACCACAUAAAUGUCCUCUUAUUGGAGGUGAUACGGUAAUUGAUGAGUUCCUUAAUACACCACAUAAAUGUCCUCUUAUUGGAGGUGAUACGGUAAUUGAUGAGUUCCUUAAUACACCACAUAAAUGUCCUCUUAUUGGAGGUGAUACGGUAAUUGAUGAGUUCCUUAAUACACCACAUAAAUGUCCUCUUAUUGGAGGUGAUACGGUAAUUGAUAAGUUCCUUAAUACACCACAUAAAUGUCCUCUUAUUGGAGGUGAUACACCACAUAUAUGUCAUACAUGUGACAAAUGA